UCCAAUCUCUCUCUCUCUCUCUCCCAAAUUGAACUCUCUAGGGUUUAAUCGAAUCCCCAAAUCUGAAUCCGAUUUCCCCCAAACCCUAAUUCGCCGGCCGGGUCAAGAUGAGGAUCAUGAUAAAGGGCGGCGUGUGGAAGAACACGGAGGAUGAGAUCCUCAAGGCCGCCGUCAUGAAGUACGGCAAGAACCAGUGGGCUCGAAUCUCCUCCCUCCUCGUCCGCAAGUCCGCCAAGCAGUGCAAGGCUCGCUGGUACGAGUGGCUCGAUCCCUCUAUCAAAAAGACUGAGUGGACUAGAGAGGAGGAUGAGAAACUUCUUCAUCUUGCUAAGCUCAUGCCUACGCAGUGGAGGACAAUUGCCCCAAUUGUUGGUCGUACUCCAUCUCAGUGCCUUGAAAGGUAUGAGAAGCUCCUGGAUGCAGCCUGUGUCAAGGAUGAGAAUUAUGAGCCUGGUGAUGAUCCACGAAAGUUGCGGCCUGGAGAGAUUGAUCCUAAUCCUGAGUCUAAGCCUGCUCGUCCGGAUCCUGUUGAUAUGGACGAGGAUGAAAAGGAGAUGCUUUCUGAGGCGCGAGCUAGGUUAGCCAACACCAGGGGAAAGAAGGCCAAAAGAAAGGCUAGAGAGAAGCAGCUGGAAGAGGCCAGGAGGCUUGCUUCCCUACAGAAAAGGAGAGAAUUAAAGGCUGCUGGGAUUGAUGCGAGGCAGCGAAAGAGGAAAAGGAAGGGGAUAGACUACAAUGCUGAAAUUCCCUUUGAGAAGAAGCCUCCACCAGGCUUUUAUGAUGUUGCCGAGGAAGAUAGACCAGUUGACCAACCUCAGUUCCCUACAACCAUUGAGGAGCUUGAAGGGAAGAGAAGGGUUGAUGUGGAAGCUCAAUUGAGGAAACAAGAUAUUGCAAAGAAUAAAAUUGCUCAGAGGCAGGAUGCUCCAUCGGCGAUAUUGCAAGCCAACAAGUUGAAUGAUCCAGAAACAGUUAGGAAGAGGUCAAAGCUUAUGCUUCCUGCACCUCAGAUUUCGGAUCAUGAGUUGGAAGAAAUUGCAAAGAUGGGCUAUGCAAAUGAUCUUGCUGUGAGUGAACUCACAGAAGGAAGUGGUGCAACUCGAGCCCUUCUUGCAAAUUAUGCCCAGACACCAAGGCUGGGAAUGACACCCUUACGUACGCCCCAAAGAACACCCUCUGGUAAAGGCGAUGCUAUCAUGAUGGAAGCUUCAAAUCUGGCCAUGUUGAGAGAGUCUCAGACACCAUUAUUAGGAGGAGAGAAUCCACAGCUGCACCCAUCUGAUUUUUCUGGUGUCACUCCUAGAAGAAAGGAAAUCCAGACACCAAAUCUGAUGCUUACUCCUUCAACUCCUGGAGGUGCGGGCCUUACUCCUAGGAUUGGCUUGACACCGUCAAGGGAUUCAUUUGCCAUGACACCAAAGGGAGUCACUCCAAUGAGGGAUGAGCUUCGUAUCAAUGAAGAUGUUGAUAUGCAUGAUAGUGCAAAGAUGGAGCAUCGGAGACAAGCUGAGUUAAGGAAAAACCUUCAGUUGGGUUUAAGCAAGUUACCACAGCCCAAAAAUGAGUACCAGAUAGUCAUGCAGCCAGUUCCAGAAGAUGAUGAAGAACCUGAGGAGAAAAUUGAAGAAGAUAUGUCUGAUAGGAUUGCUAGAGAAAGGGCUGAGGAAGAAGCACGACAACAGGCAUUACUUAGGAAGAGAUCGAAAGUACUACAGAGGGAGCUACCGAGGCCGCCUGUUCCUUCAGUGGAAUCUUUGAGAAAGUCCUUGUUGAGAGCAGAUGAAGAUAAAAGUAAAGUAGUUCCUCCCACUGCAGUUGAGCAGGCAAAUGAAAUGAUUAUGAAGGAGCUUCUUAGUUUACUAGAGCAUGAUAAUGCAAAAUAUCCACUUGAGGAAAAAGUAGAUAAGCGGAAAAAGAAAUGUACCAAGCGCAGUGCAAACUCUACUUCUGCCGUCCCUGAGAUAGAUGAUUUUGAAGAAGAUGAACUGAAGGAGGCUGAUUCAAUGAUAAAUGAAGAGGUUCAGUAUCUUCGUCUUGCAAUGGGACAUGAAGAUAAAUCCUUGGAUGAGUUUGUUGAAGCUCACAAGAAGACCAUGAAUGAAUUCAUGUUUUUUCCCAAGCGCAAUGCUUAUGGGGAGUCAACUAUUGCUGGGCAUGAAGAGAAACUUGAGGCUCUGCAAAAUGAGUUUGAGAAUGUGAAGAAGAAGUUAGACGAUGAUCUCGGGAAGGCAGCGAGCCUUGAGAAAAAGGUUAAAGUCCGAACACAUGGUUAUGAGAUGCGAGCUAAAGACACUCAUUGGCCUAAAAUAGAUGAAACUUUCAAGCAGUUGGACACUGCUGAAAAAGAACUGGAGUGCUUCCGUGCUUUGCAGAAGCAAGAACAACUAGCAGCCUCACACCGAAUAAACAACCUUUGGGAAGAAGUUCAAAAACAAAAGGAGCUUGAGCGCACUUUACAAAAGCGGUAUGGGGGUCUUUUAGUGGAGAUGGAAAGGGUACAACUCCUUAGGGAGAAAUACAUUGCAGAAGAACAAGUACAAAAAGAAGCUGCAGCAAGAAAUGAUAUCGAAUUGGCUGAUGCUUCAGCAGAUGUGACUGUUGCUCAGCCAACUGAUUAUGUCGUUCCUACAGGUGCCACAGAUGAUCUUGCUGCAUUUCAUGGUGAAAGUACUGACCGUCAAGUGGUUGGUACGGAAGAUAUGUCAGUUACCACAGAUGUUAAUGUACCUAUCAACACAACUUCUGUGGCAGAGGGUGAGAGUGACAUACCAUCACAAGUUACAGCUCGGGACUCUGUUACCAGUGGCGAUGCUGUUUCAGGCACUGUGGGAAAUGUACAUCCUACAGAAAAUAUAACAAGCACAGCUGUAGCCAAUGACAAAGUUGAUGGGGCAGAAGUAGCUGAAGAUGAUGGUAUUGUCAACACAGAGGUGACCACUGUUUCUGCUGGGGUGGUCGAUUUGGUUGAAAAUGCGCCAAUGCAAAUAUAAACUUGAGAGCCUAGUUUAGGCGAUCGACUUUUGCUAUCAAAUAUGCGAAGUUCCAACUUUAUAUCGUUGAGUUGCUGAUGUUGUAUCUCUUUAAAACCCAUUACCUUCGUGCAUUCUCUGAAGCUUUAUGGGACUAACGAUUUGCUGGUGCUGAAACAUUUUUGUUCAUUAAAGAUAGUCAACUAAACAGAUAGGAUGAGUUACGUCCUAUUUAUGCUACA